UGUUGGAGAGCCGUUCUGUUUUCUCAGUCACCUGAUGAGUGUUAACACCUGGUGAGAGUGUGACAAUGAGGGGAACAUUUUGGGUGAAAAUGUGUUUUUUUUUCCCCCCUUGCGAUGGGAAGAAGAUCCUUCAUGAAUGAAGGCACGUGACCAAACACGAUGACGUCUGGCUUCGAUACAAGAGAAAGGAAUCAACAAGGAGAGCACGAGCUGGCGUCUGGAAGCGCCAACGCUUCUGUCAGUGAGCCGACAUUUAACCGCUGCCCCUGAUGUUUACUCGCCGUCGGGACGGUACCAGGAGAGGAAACUGACGGCGACAACCGCGGAGAGCGUCAUUUUUUACAGCCAGGUAACCAGAACAGAUGAGGGCCCAUAUUAGAGCCCGAUGGGGCUGUGUGGAAGGAUCCAGGGAGUGGUGGAGAUCAGAUCUAAGAUUUAUCGCCUCUUGCAUUGAGACCAACCAGCAGUACAGGUGGACGCGGCUCUUGUGGCAUGACUACUACAAACAAGGGAAACAAGGCCUUGAAGGUGAAGCGGGAGCCAGGGGAAAAUGGCACCAGCCUGACAGACGACGAGCUGGUAACAAUGUCUGUGCGGGAGCUGAACCAGCAUCUACGAGGCCUGACAAAGGAGGAAAUCCUUCAGCUGAAGCAGCGACGGCGUACCCUGAAGAACCGAGGCUACGCCGCAAGCUGCCGGGUGAAGCGAGUCACCCAGAAGGAGGAGCUGGAGAAGCAAAAGGCUCAGCUGCAGCAGGAAGUGGACAAGCUGGCCACUGAGAAUGCCAGCAUGAAGGUGGAGCUGGACGCUCUGCGUUCAAAGUACGAGGCCCUGCAGAGCUUUGCCAGGACUGUGGCCCGCAGCCCCGUCACCUCCGCAAGGGGGCCUAUGGCCUCCGUCAUAGGGCCCCUCAUCCCUGGUAAAGUCGGUGCCACCAGCGUCAUCACCAUCGUCAAAUCCAAAACGGAGGCUAGGUCGUAGUAGCAGAAAGAGGCGGGAGGAAGAUUUUCAAGACUAAACUCUAGUCAGUGCAUCGUAACACAGCGCAGGAUUACCUGUGUAAGUUCUCAAUUUCAAUACUCGUAACAAACACUAAUGACAUGCUUCCCAAAUUCACUCUGAAAGUAUGACUCAGCAGUCUGUACCUUUUUAGACAGACACAUCGUGCUUUGGGGUGACACAAUCAAAUUGUUUCCGGAGAUCACAUGCUGACAUAUUGGCAAUACUGAAACAUUUUAUUUUAAAAGUAGAUUGUGUUCAAGAGGGCAAUAUUUGGCAUCCAAUCCAGACUGUUUUUAGCUUGUUGAUUACUGAUAAGAUGCAGUAUGUAAUGUCUGUUUCCUUAAGACUGAACUCUUAAGUCUUUCCGUCCUAUGAAUCGGCAUUUGUAGUCUCACAACCAGUAAAAUAACUGAAAAAGAAGCCAGCACGUAUCUCACUAUGUAUGAACCCCUUUGCUUGUUAUUAUGCACUGACUUAAAUUGGGAUGAAUAACAAACGGUCACAAACUCUUGGCAUGGAUGCUACAGAUGUCUUCAAAACAGCCUGACUAACCCAAAACUAGUAAAUUAGUCCAAUUUGUGAUUUUGUUGGUCGUCUGUCAAGACCAUAAUCAUGAAAUAAUGCUCCCAAAUCUGGCAUUAAUUUCUGUUUAUGCGACAGGCUUUAAAGAACUCGUCAUUAUCGACAUGACUGGUAGAUGCAAUAAUAUAUGUAUGCACUGAAAAUACAAAGAGGUCUUGCAUAUUUAUGGUUAAGUGGAAACGUUUAAAAAAAAAAAAAAAAAAAAAAAAAGAUCAGCAGUUCUUAAUGAUAUUGUGUCGGAGCCGAGUGCCAUUCCGACAUGACAAGAUUCUUCUACAAUAUCUGAAAACCUGAAUGUUAUAACAGUAAUAUCCUCGUGUUUUGUGGGGGACGGUGAAAUCCACAAACCUUUUGAAAACCUAAUUUUUGCUCAUAGAGAGAAGUAUGUUCGAGUUGUUUUGUUUUAAAAGAUAAUAUAUUGCAUUUUUUGUAAUUACUUGUCGACAGGGCCGUCAGAUAUUUCCAAAAGAAAAAUCUUUACACAAGCUUUACUGUUUGAAUUGUUAAGGUGUAGAAAACUUUGUCUAAUGUUGAGUUAUUGGUUUUUAUUACUAGGUAGAUUACCUUCCAUUGUUUAUAGAAAUACAGAUAAAGAAAACGUUAAAAAAAAAAAAUCCUGUGACAUCUUUUUUGCAAUUGUACCGAAAGUGGCUUACUAUUGAAGUCUGAUAGCUUUUUCUAGUGACUAGGCGCGUACUGUGGGGUAGCGCGUGAUGUGAUGUGUAAGUGACAAGUUGGCAGUGUCGUUCACUGUAUAGAUGUCAAUGCUGUGCUAUUUAAAAACAAAUCUGUAGAGCUAAACUAGGUGGUGUAAACAAGGUCAAUUGUCUUUGUGCGUAUUGGCAUCUGUGAUAUCCUCCGCUUCCUUGGUGUUAGUUAACAAAUCAUAUUGUCAUUAAGAGUUUACCACAUUCGAGCCAUGUAAGACAGAAUUGGGUGAAAUGGCAUUAGCAAACAUUUAACUUAAAAGACUUUUUACCUGAAGCUCAAAGUCUGAAUAAUGUGCUGCACCUGGUGCUGGAUGCCCUCUAAACACAUCCUCUGUAACGUGAAAGUAAAAGACUUUGUUGUUGAGAGGAAUAUUUCAUUAUCGUCUUCAUUCCAGCUGUUUAAUUGGUCUGGAUUAGCUUGCAGGAAUAGAAAUUAAAGCUGCUGUAAGAGUUGUCAUCGUUUUUAGCUGGCUUCCUGUCCAUUUUGCAGUCCCUCCUCUCUGUGUCAUCACAUAUACACAAGUCCCUUCUUGACCUCUUUCUUUUCUUCAACCGUUUUCUCUUCACUCGGCCUGUUUGGUAGUACAUGCUGCCAGCGGGAAUCGGUAGCGUUCCCUGCUCUGCCAACAGGAGGAUCCUGUUCUCUGCCCGUUUCCUGAGCAGACAGCACCGCCUCUUUCUUGAGUUCUCAGUCGUUAUUGGAUAAAGUGGGCAGGGAUACUAGAACAUUUCUUUUCUCUGACAUGGCUCUGUAACAGUGAUUACUGUUGGAAUAUGGAGCUAUGUAAUACUUAUUUUGAUAGGAAAACAACACUUACAGCAACUUUACUAACCUCUCGAAUGUCACUUUUGAUAAACAAUUUUAUAGUUAUUGUUCUCCAAAUGUUGAGAAGUCUUUCCUCAAGAUGAUAAUGAUAAUAAUAAUAAUAAUAAUAAUAAUACGAUCGCAUCAAUGCACUUAAAGGGUAACCGCCAAACGGUGCAGCACCACUUGUGUAAAUUUUGUCCCCUGGUCUUCGGAUUUUCAGAUUAAAAGCGGUAGGGUUUGUAUGCACUAUGAGCUCCUGCUUGUUUUGCUCAGGACAAAACAGGUCACACUAAAAAUGAACAAACCGUUUCUCGAUGAAAAGAAGGGAGGCAGGGGUGGCAGCUCUGCUCAUUUCUUUGUUUUCUUUUCCUUUUUUUUUUUGAUAUAACAAGCGUGUCAUAAAAGGGCUUCUUCAAUCCACACUCAGAAAGAGACGCAGCACGACCACGUAGAAUUACAAUCAACAGCAGCUGCCAGCAGCGGCGCUCCUUCUGUGCCAAGUGUCUCGUCACUCUUGCCGGUCCUUCCGAAAAGGAAUUUAACAGUGAAGGAGUUUUGCAGCUCAAGGUGAAAGCAGUCGUCUAAUGAUAUUAACAGAGUGCACUUCAUCCAGAUCUCACUCAGCUCUGCUCUGCUCUGCUCUGCUGCUGGUCAGAAUGUCUUACGGUGUCAGCGAGGUGUUAAAUCUACAGCCAGAGACCACCGUGGUGCUGGUUAAUACUGUCUGCGCGCAAAGUCUCCUCCUCGCUUUGUCAACAUGCUUAGCUAUCUACAUUGACUGGUUAACUGUGGGAAAAUAUAUAUCUGACUCUUGACAUAGCCCAGUAUCGAUGUUGGCGUCCUUAUUGCUGUGGCAGUCUUGUGGAGUGAAUCUUUAUUCGUGUCAAGUGUCUUGAAAAGGUGUUCGAGCAGCACCGUCGACCAAUCUCUCGAUCUCCGCUAGAGACGAUGAGUCUCUCUCUCUCUCUUUCUCUCUCACACAUACAGGUGUAUAAUAUGUAGCUACAGUAGGUAUUAAUGACCAUUGUGAAAAAGUGACCCUUAAUAUGCAACUCAGUGGAAAAAGGUGUGAAAGAGUAGAUGUAAGAGUAAUCAAUAUUGUCAAAGUGACUAUGGUCUGUUAUUUAAUAAUUCUUGCUGUUUUGUAGAUUUUUUUUGUAAAGUGUGUUUUUUUUUGUUUUUUGCCCUCAGAUUUUUCGAAUGCCUAAAUUUUAAGAAAGCAACUGGCCCUUGUUUAUCGCAGCUAACAUGUUCAAACUGUAACAGUGUUUAUUUUACAUAUUUAUUUUUUUUCCAAAAUGAUUUUGUGAGACAGUUGCACUCGAGCCUUACUCACUAACUACUCUGGUCUGGAAUUAGCUGAAUCCAUGAAUUGGACUUGUGACUGAAAACGUACAUGCUGUUAUUAGAAAUGUUUGUGCACUGCGUGAAAAUGAAUGCAACAAGGGCCACUUGCAAUACUUUAUUUUCUCUGGUAUGCCUGUGUGUUUGUUUGUGUGUGUGCGUGUGUGUUUUGUACGUUUGAGGUUCCUCUGCUGCUACACCAGUCAUUAAUGCUCGUCGUUUUGCCGUAGCAUCACCCACAGCGUUUCUGUUCUCACCGUGUGUCGAGUGUGUAUUUUGAAAUUGAUCUUAACACUGUAAUUUGUUCUGCAGAUUUCUUUUUUUUUUUUUUUAAUUCCUUGCAGCUUUUUUCUUUUUUUUUUUUUUUUUAACAAAUAUUUUAGAGAGGAUAAAUAACAGCACUUGUGUGGCAGUUGAAUUUAAUAGAUCUCUCAAGACGUUGGCUUUUUUUUUUUCACGAUACGAUGCUUUGUAAACAGUCGACUGUGCAGAUUUUUUCCUCUUGCUCCAUGGAGUUGGGUCUGUGUUUCAAAGGUUUAAAACUCUGACUAAAGCGAGUAAUACAAAGUUAAUAAUCAGUUUUUGUUAUUUUUUCUGUAUGGGUUGUAAUAAAAUAUUGCAGUACUUUGUAUGAAAAACAGACAAUAGUUAAUUGUAACUAUUUAUAAAUUAAAUUAUUGUACUUUUUGCAAUCUGUAGAUAAGUACUAUGUAUUCAUAUAUACAGUAACAACUGUGGAUUUAAACGUGAUUCUCUGAGGUGUCUAAGUUAUUGAUGUAUAUAUUGUAUGUUUGUUGAUACAGCUUACUUUAUUUUCUAUAAGACCAAUAAAAAUGUUUUGAAAAAGGA